CUAGGUAAUGGCAACAUGCUAUGUUUCUCAGUAGACGGUAAAGGUGGCGAUAUCUUCAAUCUCAUAUCAGAUACGCAUCUCUCCGUCAACGUUAAGUACAUCGAUGGAACGGACGGUUACUCGGUCUGGAUGGGAGAAUUGGCAUUCGUACUCGACAACGGUUGUAAGGUACGAGUGAACGCGGAUCCAGAGUCAGUGCGAGUUGAUCAUAUGGCGGUGGAUAAAAAAUUCUACGAUAAAGACGUACAAGUCGACGUCUACACGGGAGAUUACGUCGCAGUCAAGUUCAAGAAACUCCAGGUUGAGUUUCGUGUCGAGUUUAUUGACGGACAUUUGAGUUUCUACGUUGUCAACGACAAGGGAUUUUCAUCUCGCGUUCAUGGCCUCAUUGGACAAUUUCUCAAUUCUAAACACGAAAUCGUUGAAGCUGAAGACGGUCACAUCUUCGGUUUACUCAAACUUCAAGGUAGAACAAGAGCUCUACUACUGCAACAGAAGAGGUGGCCCUACAUGCACGGGCACAAGGAGGCAACGUGCUGGGGUAUCCAAGGAAAGAAUCCCAAAGGAGCCAUUGACUGGUCUCAUUCCAGCUAUAAGUUGAUGUCCCUAUGUCAAACAAAACGUCGUAUUCUCACCCGUCCAGUGUUCGUUAAACUAGACAAGACUUUGUAAUUGAGCAAACAGUUAGUCAUUUGUUCGAUCUUUCUGUGUAUUUCGAAUUUGUCAUUUUCUGUUGCUGUGUGCAUUGAUGUAGUUCGAAGUAGUGUCAAUUGACCAUUGGGCAAUUCUCAA